CAGUUUGCGAGUUGUCAAAUGUUAAAACGUAAAUAAAUCGUGCUUUUGUGAUAUCUUUUGGUAUUUUCAUAGGUUUCAGCUCAGAAAAGCACAGUAAAAAUGCCGAAAAAGUCUAAGAAAUCAAAACAUCGCAGCCGGAGAGAUUCUAGUUCUUCUGAUGACUCAAGCAAUAGAAGAAGAGACUCCAAGAGGAAGAAGCAGUCGAAAUCACGCCACAGAUCGUCCUCCUCCAGUCCUGAAGACUCCACGAGGAACUCGUAUGAGCUGAUGAAGCGACUGGAGGCGCGGCGUCAGCAAGAGGUUGUCGACCGGAAGCGCCAGCGUGAGGAGAUGAAGGCUAACGAGACUCCAGAGGAGAAGCGAGCUCGUCGGCUCUUCGAGAAGCAAACCAAGGAGCAAAAGCGACGUGAGAGAAUGGGCUGGGACAAGGAGUAUCAGCACUACACGAAUCAGGACAAUCCCUUCGGUGACUCUCAUCUCACGACCACGUUCGUGUGGUCGAAGAAGCUGGAGAAGGAGGGCUUGAAGGAUGCCACAACGGAGCAACUGGAGACGCUGAACCGUCACAAGCAGAUGGAAAACAAGAUUGAGCUGGAGAAAGUGAAGAAGCGCCGACAGGAGCGCGAGUUGGAGCGCCAGAAGCGCGAGGAGGAGCAAAAUAUGCUGCAGCGAUCGAGAGAAGCGGCUCAGUUUGAGGAGUGGGAGCGUCAGGAGGAUCAGUUUCACCUGGAACAGGCGCGCCUGCGCAGCAAGAUUCGCAUUCAGGAUGGACGCGCGAAGCCAAUUGAUCUCCUGGCGCAGUACAUAAGCGAUCAGAACCUGGACGACUGCCUGGAGAUGCAGAUGCACGAGCCGUACACAUAUCUGAAUGGGCUGGGCAUUAAAGAUCUGGAGGACCUCACGGCGGAUAUCAAGGUGUACAUGGAACUGGAGAAGUCUAAGAAUUCUGAAUACUGGGAAGACCUGACGAUCAUCGUGGAGGAUGAGCUGCAGAAACUGCAGAAGAUGCAGAACGCAGAAUACCAGGCGACUCUGGGGCGUCGCGAGGGCAUCCAUCAGAGUGUGGCGAAGGACGUUGGAGAGAUCUUCAGAGGAAAGACAACACUGCAAUUGGAAGAACUGCGGCGGAAGAUUGAGAGCAAGAUAUCUGGGCAGAGUGACGGAGUGGAUGUGGGGUACUGGGAGAGUCUGUUGUCGCAGCUGAAGGCUCACAUGGCCAGAUCACGGCUCCGUGAUCGCCAUCAGGACAAUCUGAAGCACAAACUGCAGCUCUUGCGACAAGAACAGACGCAAAUCUCUGACGUGGUGGUGAAGAAGGAGCCCAGGAGUUCGCCAGUGCCCAGCACGAGUCAACCUGCUGAGCAGAGGGAGGAGUCCUCGGAGAGUGAAGAGUCGUCGCAGGAGGAAGACACUGCUGAGGAUGAGAGCAUCGUGGAGGAGAGCAUCAAUCUCUACGUCAGAGGAAACUACAGUCCGCCUUAUCUGCGCGAGGAAGAUCUGGAGCCGGGAACUCUGGUGAUUCUGGGUGAGGAUGACUUUGAGAAGCUGGAGUAUCUGCGCAGUCGGAUGACUGGACGCGAAGAGGAGGAUCCAGAAGUGUCGCACGAGGAUUUGCGACUGCAGAAGGAGGCCAGGAAGGGCAUGAAUGACGACGAGGCGGAGUUUGCGGUGGAGACGAAGCUGGACGCUCAAAUUUAUCUGUGGUCAGACAAGUACCGACCGCGGAAGCCACGAUACUUCAAUCGCGUGCACACGGGAUUCGAGUGGAACAAGUACAAUCAGACUCAUUACGAUCUAGAGAAUCCGCCGCCGAAGAUUGUGCAGGGAUACAAGUUCAAUAUUUUCUAUCCUGAUCUGAUUGAGAAGAACAACACGCCCAAGUACUUCCUCACGCCAUGUCAGGACAACAGGGACUUUGCCACGCUGAGGUUCCAGGCGGGGCCGCCUUAUGAGGACAUCGCCUUCAAGAUCGUGAACAGAGACUGGGAGUUCAGCUACAAGAGGGGAUUCCGUUGUCAAUUCCACAACAACAUCUUCCAGCUGUGGUUCCACUUCAAGAGAUAUCGCUACAGACGAUGAGCUGUGUUUGUUUGUAAUCCUGGGCAGAAAUACAUAAAAGAUGACCAUCGAAUAUU